ACUUUGCCAGUGAUCGGUGUACGAUGGAAGACGAUGAAAACCUCGGACGACACUCUGAAUUCUUCCGUGCAUGGCCUUCUGCCCGCACGCCGAGCAUUGGCAGGUUGGGUGCGUUCCCCACUCGGUACUGCGAGCGUCACUCAUGGAGUAAUGUACCUCGCGUCUCCCGCCUGCUGCUUCCGCCGUGGGAAUGCACCAUCAAAAUAGUCCGUCAAGCCAUCAAACCAAAACAAGAAACAGCAAGCCCUCUUCUACCCAGCAAUACAGUACGCAUAAAGGUUCGAUCCCUCUUCCAUCCAUAAAAGGAAAGGAAGGAUCUUGGGGAGUCGAGGCUCACCAAGCCUACAAACCUACUCAACAAACCCCCAAACCGCGCUCAACAAGCCCUCAAACCUCGAUCAGCAAAUCCACUUCCACUCGCCGAACAAGGCCACCUCGACUCGAAACCAUCUCACCUGGCUCCGGCCGCUCUAAAACAACCCCCCAGCUCCGGUCGCGCUACACCUCUCUAAUGGCCCCUACAAAACACCCAUCCGACUCUAGCCACGCAAAUCUCCCCCUUGAAAACAUCCAAUCGGCUCCGGCCACUCCGUCCUCAACAAUCCCCACCAAUUCGACAAUCCCCACCAAUUCAACAAUUCUCCACAAUUCGCACCGACAUGAAGCUAGAACACCCCUCUUCGAUUCGAUUGAAGAAAGGAAAUCUCCAAGUAACUACGAACACGAAGAAUUAUGGGGUAUGGGAGCGCUUCAUAUCGUUGCACACUGGUCGAUCAAGACCCUCCUUCAAAUCAAGAUCCUACCGCAAGUCAAGACCCUAACUCAACGUGGAUUGUCAAAGAACGCUCUGUGAUGCAAUCUCCGGAUUGCUUUAAUUCCUUCUGACGCAGUCUUCCGAUUGCUUUGUUGCCCUGCCUGAUGCAAUCUCCCGGAUUGCCGCUUUCUCGCCAACGACACACCGGUCGGGUCAUCAGCGCUCCUUUUCGCCAUCGAAUCAGUUUGGGCUGUGACUGCAUUCGGGCCAGUUUGGCC